UCGGAACAAGUUCGUUCAUCAAUUACAAAUCACUCAUUGGGUACCGUUCGAGUAGGUUACCGGGAACAGAUAACAGUUGACUUUGAUUAUAAUUAAUGCGUAAUAGGUCAAUCGAGAUAAUCUACAAUAAUUCCUAUUAAUAUUGAACCAUUUUUAUUUAAUUUCUUUGCAAAAAUGCCGUCUCUUAAAAACAUCGUAGCUUUGGUUACCGGGGGUGCAUCGGGCUUGGGGAAGGCGUGCGUUGAAAGGAUUUCCAGGGAAGGUGGCCGAGUUGUUUUGUGCGAUCUGCCAACUUCAAAAGGUGCUACAGUCGCAAAGGAGACAGGACCCAAUGUUGAAUUUGCCCCCGUGGAUGUUACUUCCGAGAAGGACGUGGAGGAUGCUGUUGCACUGGCUAAGUCUAAGUUCGGUCGGCUUGACUGCGCCGUCAGCUGUGCGGGAAUCGGUGUUGCCUUUAAAACAUACAAUUUCAAUAAAAGCCUACCACACAAACUUGAGGACUUUACUAAGGUGUUGAUGGUGAAUUCAGUGGGCACGUUCAAUGUUAUAAGACUGUCUGUGGGUCUGAUCGGUAAGAACGAGCCAGACGAGAACGGUUCGAGGGGUGUCAUUGUCAACACGGCCAGCGUUGCUGCAUAUGAUGGACAGAUCGGGCAGGCGGCAUACUCAGCCAGCAAAGGUGCUGUAGUCAGCAUGACCCUCCCUAUCGCUAGGGACUUGGCCUCUCAAGGUAUCAGGGUCUGCACAAUCGCGCCUGGCCUCUUUGAUACACCCCUUCUCUCAUCUUUGCCAGAAAAAGUACGUGUCUUCCUCGCCACUACAAUACCCCAUCCUCAGAGGCUAGGCCACCCUGACGAGUUUGCAAUGCUUGUCCAGUCGAUCGUUGAAAACCCACUUUUGAACGGUGAAGUCAUCCGCCUGGAUGGAGCUUUGAGGAUGCAACCUUAAAUUUUAACUGGAUAAUCUCAGAUAGUUUAUUAUGACAUGUAUAAUUGAUUAAUAAUUCUACAAUAGAUAUAUUUUUUAAACAAAAA